AUGUCUGCUCAGCAAAUCAUCGAACACAUCGUCCUCUUCAAGAUCAAAGCCGAUACAGAUCAAUCCAAAAUCGACACCAUGAUCGAACGUCUCAAUGACCUCAUCUCUCUCGACUCCGUCCUCCACAUAUCGGCUACCCCACUACUCCCAACCCGCUUCUCAUUUGUCCAUUUCACCCACAUUCUCCACAGCCGUCACAGCUCCAAGGAGAAUCUCGCCGACUACACCGACCACCCUAGUCACGUCAGUGUUUUGAAGGAAUCUGUAAAUCCUAUCUGCAUGGACAUCAUGAUUGUCGAUUGGGUCUUCGAUGGUUUUAACCAACCGAUCAAACUUCAACCAGGAUCGGCUAUUAGAGCGACGUUCUUGAAGUUGAAGGAGGGUAAUUCAGGGAAGAAGGAGAAGAUUUUGGGUGCGCUCGGGGGGAUUAAGGAGAGAAUUUCAUAUAUUGAUCAGACUACUUGUGGGGAAAACUUCUCUCCGGCGAGGGCUAAAGGGUAUUCUAUUGCUUUAAUUUUUGUUUUCCCUGGUGUGAGUGAAUUGGAUAGGUCUUAUUCAGAUUGGAAACAGGCGCAUACCAACAGGGUGAAGAAGGAGAGGGUGAGAGAUUUGUCGGAUGGCUUUCUCAUAGUAGACUUUGUAGUUCCCCAUAGCCUUUGA